GAAGUGACGUCACACGCCAACCCCGGACCCUCACGUGACGGUGACUCCGCAGCAGUCAGCUGAUAAAAACUCGGUUGUUUGUGGCAGCGAGUAGACGGAGAAGUGCUCGGUCGUUGCUCGGUCGUUCCAGCGCUGCAGCCUGAAGAUGAGGAGCGUUUUCCUGUGCGUCCUGGCGGCGCUGGCUCUGACCGGCGACGCUCUGGUCCGAAUCCCCCUAAAGAAGUUCCGGACCAUCAGACGUGAGAUGACCGACUCGGGGCGAAGAGCUGAGGAACUUGUGAUGGACAAACACUCCCUUAAGUACAACUAUGGCUUCCCUUCAAGUAAUGCACCCACUCCAGAAGUCCUGAAAAACUACCUUGAUGCCCAGUAUUAUGGCGAGAUCGGCCUGGGCACCCCUCCUCAGAUCUUCACCGUGGUCUUUGACACUGGCUCCUCCAACCUGUGGGUUCCUUCCGUUCACUGCUCCAUCUCAGACAUCGCUUGCUUACUCCAUCACAAAUAUAAUUCUGCAAAGUCCAGCACAUAUGUGAAAAACGGCACUGCCUUUGCCAUCCAGUAUGGAAGUGGCAGUUUGUCAGGAUACCUCAGUCAAGACACGUGCACAAUUGGAGACAUAUCCGUGAGCAAACAGCUGUUCGGGGAAGCCAUAAAGCAGCCGGGUGUGGCCUUUAUAGCAGCCAAGUUCGAUGGGAUCCUCGGCAUGGCCUACCCACGCAUCUCUGUGGAUGGGGUGGCUCCGGUGUUUGACAACAUCAUGAGUCAGAAGAAGGUGGAGAAGAACGUCUUUUCCUUCUAUUUGAACAGGAACCCAGAAACCAGCCCUGGUGGUGAACUGCUGCUGGGAGGAACGGACCCCAAAUACUACAGCGGUGACUUCCACUACGUUAGCAUCACACGCCAGGCCUACUGGCAGAUCCACAUGGACUCGAUGACCGUGAGCAGCCAGCUGAGCCUGUGUAAAAGCGGCUGUGAGGCCAUCGUGGACACUGGGACGUCUCUGAUCACUGGCCCCUCUGCAGAGAUCAAGGCCUUGCAGAAAGCCAUUGGAGCCAUCCCAAUCAUGUCAGGAGAGUAUAUGGUGAGCUGUGACAAGGUUCCAUCGCUGCCCGUCAUUACCUUCAACCUGGGCGGACAGAGCUACACUCUGACCGGAGAGCAGUACAUCCUCAAGGUAACUCAGGCUGGCAAGACCAUUUGUCUGAGUGGCUUCAUGGGUCUGGAUAUCCCCGCGCCCGCUGGGCCCCUGUGGAUUCUGGGAGAUGUAUUCAUAGGCCAGUACUACACCGUCUUCGACCGAGAGAACAACAGGGUGGGCUUUGCAAAGGCCAAGUAAGCGCUACGUGUGCUGCGAUACGUUAAAGAGGAAAGUUGAACAAAAACUGCUGCACAUUUUCUUUACAUUUUGAAAUCGAACAUUUAGCAAUAGAGUUUGUUUAGCGCAUAAAUGCACUAUUCUGAUGAACUUGUACAAUUUCAAGCAGAGAACAUACAACAGAAAAUAAUAGGUUUUAUUGUGGUUGUAUCUGAUCAGGGAUCAGUUUGUGUUUUUAAUCAGGGAUUUAAUUUUAAACAAAACAUUUAAUUUGCAUUUUAGGAUGACUCCAGUCCUCAGCUACUGACUUUGAAAUGUAUUUUGUGAAUGGCCUCAAUAAACAGUUUUUAAAAAUCA